AUGGAUCAACACCCACGAGGCGCUCACAGCAGUGAUGUACGCCGUACACGCGUAUCAAAGGCCUGUGAGCGGUGUCGCCUAAAGAAGAUCAAGUGUGAUGGUUAUUUCCCCUGUCAAAAGUGCAAAAACAACGGCCAUGUAUGCACCCCUGGCAUCCGCAAGAGAACAAUUCAUGUUGAGUAUAAGCAAGUUCCCAAGAGCUAUGUCGAGUUCCUCGAGACCACUCACUUGGCGCUUAUCGGCAGCGUCCACAAGCUAUACACUAUGAUCCAGAAGAAUCAGUCCUGGGAUCUCGGCGACCCUGAGCUGAAUGACCAGGGCGAACUAGUUAUUCACGAUGUGGCUAAGAAGCUAGGAUGUCUUCGUCCCAAUGGCAAAAUUGAACUACCCAUCCAAUAUGAGCUGCCCACAACAGCUUCCGGCAUGGCAAGAAUCGCGGCUCACCCUGAUCGAUUACAAUAUCGAGACGAGGAAGAGGACGAGCAUGAUGACUACAAAGAGGCCGACUCACCCAUGGAAGACCUCGCUGGUGAUGACUCGCCAUCAUCUGAGCUGAUGCAGAGCAUCGAAACCGAAGUAAACUACCGCAAAGAAGCUUUCGCCGGCUACAAUCCCUCCAUGACACAAUCUCCUCAGAGCCUCUACAGCACCGAUGACUCAGAGCAUAGCCACCCUGGAUCCGAUGGCGUCAACUCAUGCGUUACAACGUCACCGUAUAUUUCACCCAUCACGGACUAUCCCGAUGGCUCCAUGUCCCAAAUGGGGUCGGGGUCUGACGAGAUGACGGCUUUCCUUCAGCCAUACGGACCGACGCCGAAUAUGGGAAUGCUGAACUGGGACCUCGGAGACCCUGACUACAAAGAACUUGAAAGCAAUCUAUCGACGAUGCCAGAAUUUAGUUUGGCGCUGAAUAUCGAGGGCGAGAUGAUAUUUCCCGAAUAUAAUGACCAUUCAGCGUGGCUGUCUCAGACGCUGUCGCAAUGGAAGGAAGAGAACCAGGUCUCCAUGGAGUCGUAA